AUGAUGGACUGGAAUAGGAAAGAAGGUGGACACUUGUUCGAGUAUAUCGACGCCGGGAAAAAAGUUGGCUCUGAAUCGGACGAGGUGAUGCAACAGUUGAUGGAAUUGCAACAACCGGACACCAAACGUGGUCUCAUGGAACGGGAAUUGCGUGCUCGCAAGCAACGAAAACGUCAGCUGCGCACACGGCACAAACAACUGCUGAAACGAAUUCAAGUACUACAAGCGAUUCAAGGCACUAUUGAUCGCCAAUAUGCCAGUUUGCGUGAUGUGUGCGUGGAAAAACGUCAACGAUUAGAGGAACUACUUGCUCUGAAUGUGGUCUACGAAGAGAUUGUUGAUUUGGAAGUAAGUAUACCGAUCGACCUGGGGCGUAACCCAUUGGAUCAUGUCAGUUUGUUCUUCAUGGGUUCACCUUUGGGUACGCAGAUUUACUGUACAAUUCAACUAUCAUCGUUUUCUUUUCACAAAUCUCAAGGAAACAAUCCGUGA